AUGCCACUUUUCGGGAAGUCAACCAAGAACCCGGCUGACAUCGUCAAGGGUUUGAAGGAGGCUACGUUGGCCCUGGAGCGAGGCGACAAGAAGUCGGAGAAGUUACAAGAAGACGCUGCACGACACCUACAGGCGAUGAAGACCGUGCUUUACGGCAGCAACGACAGCGAACCGCAGACCGAACUCAUUGCUCAACUCGCCCAAGAAACGUACACCACCGGUCUCAUCCCGCUACUGAUCAACAACUUCACGAAGUUCGAUUUCGAAGCAACACUGCUUGCCGUCUGUGUUACUUGCCAUCUGUUGAUCUAUUUCAGUGUCCCUCCGUUGUGUUCCUUUUCUGCUGUUGUGCUUAUGUGA